UCUGAUUCAGUUUACAAUUUGUGCACUUUUGUGUGUCGUUUUGGCGAAUUCCUCCUCUCCCUCAUUUAUGCCUUUUCUCCCUACCAUAACAAAAAACCCAACCCAAGUGUUGUAAGUCUAAUUAAUUUCCAUUAUCGCGUGAAUUGCACAUUCCUUGUUUUGUCCCAGCAAUGGGAAGCCCCAACACAAGAACCAGCUCCUCGUCUGAUUCCGAACUCCCUUGCUCUAAUUACAUUCCGGUACCCGAUGGACCCCACUCUCCCGCAGAACCAGCUCGAAGAGAGGUGAUUGUAAUCUUUUGUGGGUUGCUGGUGCUUGUGUCCUUGGUGGCUUUCAAUGGUUACAGCUGGGCGCAUUCAAAUGGACAUGAUGGAGAUCAUCAUCAUGCGUCAUCAUCAUUGCCAACAACGUUGUUAACAGUAACACCCAAUGAAUUGGAACUGAGCCCCGACACAGUGCCAUGGUCAACAUGGCAGACGACGCUUUCACGUGGCGUGUCUGCAGGGGUCUCGGAGAAGUCCAGCUGGCUAUUCAACAGCAACAAUGGGAACGGGGAAUCGUAUCCUUGGAACAAUAGCAUGCUGUCAUGGCAGAGAACAGCUUACCAUUUCCAACCUGAGAAGAAUUGGAUGAACGAUCCUAAUGGUCCAAUGUACUACAAAGGGUGGUAUCACUUCUUCUACCAGUACAAUCCAAACGGUGCAGUUUGGGGUGACAUAGUUUGGGGACACGCUGUGUCAAGGGACAUGAUUCACUGGUUUCACCUUCCACUUGCAAUGGUGGCUGAUCAAUGGUAUGACAAAAACGGUGUGUGGACAGGCUCUGCCACCAUCUUACCCGAUGGUCAAGUCAUCAUGCUAUACACUGGUUCCACCAACGAGUCAAUGCAAGUGCAAAACCUUGCAUACCCUGCAGACCCCUCUGAUCCCCUCCUUGUUGAUUGGAUCAAAUACCCUGCAAAUCCUGUUCUAUUCCCACCACCUGGCAUUGAUGCCAAAGAUUUUCGUGACCCCACCACUGCAUGGAUCACCUCUGAAGGAAAGUGGCGCAUCAGUAUUGGUUCCAAGCUUAACAAAACUGGCAUUGCCUUGGUUUAUGAUACCAAUGACUUCAAGACCUUUGAGCGUGUGGAGGGAGUGCUUCAUGCUGUCCCUGGCACUGGCAUGUGGGAGUGUGUUGACUUUUUCCCUGUAUCUAGCAAGGGUGAAAAUGGCCUUGAUACUUCAAUCAAUGGGGAGAAUGUGAAGCAUGUGGUAAAGGUUAGCUUGGAUGAUGAUAGACAUGAUUACUAUGCACUCGGGACUUACGAUGAGAAGAAUGUUAAGUUCACACCUGAUGACUUCAAGAACGAUGUUGGUAUUGGACUCAGAUAUGACUAUGGUAUAUUUUAUGCAUCCAAGACAUUUUAUGAUCAGAGUAAGGGGAGGAGAGUGUUGUGGGGUUGGAUUGGAGAGUCUGAUAGCGAAUACGCUGACGUGGCCAAAGGUUGGGCAUCAGUUCAGGGUAUUCCAAGAACAGUGGCACUUGAUAAGAAAACUGGUAGCAACUUAAUUCAAUGGCCUGUGGCAGAGGUAGAGAGUUUGAGAUUGAGAAGCGACGAGUUUCAAAAUUUGAAGGUGAAGCCAGGGUCAGUGGUGCCACUAGAAAUUGGAACAGCUGCACAGUUGGACAUUGUAGCUGAGUUUGAGAUAGAUAAGAAGGCCUUGGAGAAGACAGGCCAGUCCAAUAAAGAGUAUAAGUGUAGCACUAGUGGUGGAUCAACUGAGCGUGGUACCAUAGGACCUUUUGGUCUUCUAGUUUUGGCAGAUGAUGAUCUUUCUGAAUACACUCCCACUUACUUUUAUGUCGUCAAAGGAAGCCAUGGACAACUUAAAACUUCCUUCUGCUCUGAUCAAUCAAGGUCUUCUCUAGCAACUGAUGUUAGUAAGAAAAUCUUUGGAAGCUUUGUUCCAGUACUAAAAGACGAAAAGUUGUCCGUAAGGAUAUUGGUGGACCAUUCUAUAGUGGAAAGCUUUGCUCAAGGUGGAAGGACGUGUGUAACAUCUCGAGUUUAUCCAACGAAGGCAAUCUAUGGAGCUGCUAGAUUGUUUUUAUUCAAUAAUGCUACUGAGGCCACUGUGACUGCUUCAGUUAAGGUUUGGCAAAUGAAUUCUGCAUUCAUACGCCCAUUCCACCCUGACCAAAGCAAUUCAUUUUAAGGGAUGAGGGACUCGCAAGUCACUAAUACAAAGCAGAAUUUGUUACAUGCAUGACACAACUGUUCAAAGAAGAAUUUGAACAAAGCCCACUCGUCCCUCAUUUUUGGGUAGGCUUGAUUUUGUAAACUGGCUGCUGGAAUGGGAGUCAUUAAAUAUCUUGCUCAUAUUUGGCUAAGCUUGUAAUGAUGUUUGUAAUUAUAAUGAAAGAACUGUGAUGCUUCUCCAAUUCAAUAAUGAAAUUGUUACACAAUAUUAUUGUUCA